UCUUUUAACGUAACAUUCAAAUAAAUAAUACUAUAUGUGCUUGUAACUUUCGAAAUUGCGCCAUUUAUUUUAUAUAGAUGGCGGUGUGAAUUUUAAUCUUGACCUGAUGUUUGUGUUAUACACUACUCCACCACGUACUCAUACCACUUGAGAACAGAAGCAUGAUUGUUAACAUUAUUUAUUUAAAUCUAAUAGUACAAAUGUUGGAAAAUUUCAUAUGCCUGUGACAUCUUAUCCUUCUUUUCCUUAUAUGUGUUAUUUUCAAUAUUCAUUUUGAAUAUAUGUGCAAUUGACACAUUGGCGGGAAAUAAGAAGAAACUGUGUUUUAUUCCGAUAUAAUUUUAGUAUAAGUUAAUUAAAAGAUAACUUGAUUGUGGUAACAUCUUUAAAACAAGAAUAUUUAAAUAAAAACAUCAGAUGGCAGAAAGGCUUGAAGAUCUUAAUUUACCAAAUGCAGUUGUAACAAGAAUUAUAAAAGAAGCAUUACCAGAAGGAGUUACAAUUGCUAAAGAUGCUAGAACUGCAGUGGCAAAAGCAUCUUCAAUUUUUAUAUUGUAUUUGACAUCAUCUGCAAACAUAAUAGCUAAGAAAGGAAAUCGUAAAACAAUAAGCGGUCAGGAUGUUAUUCAAGCAAUGAAUGAUAUUGAGUUUGAGCAGUUUGUUGACCCACUGCAAGAAUCAUUAGAGAAUUUCCGUAAAGCACAAAAAGAAAAAAAAGAUGCAACAUCUAAAAAAAAACAACAGAAAAAGGAUGAAGAUGAUAUUAUAGAAGAGGAGGAUGGAGGAAGAGAAGUUAUGGUUUUUUGAUAUGUAUUAAGCAAAUAAGUUAUGA